AUGGCAAUGCAAAUGCCUCGAACUCGGGUUGGGAAAAUCUCGGAGCAUAGGAUGCCCGUAGCCCAUUACGAAGAAGCAGAAAUAGGUGACAACACUCACAGUCGAGAUCACGGCAUGGGCCAAGGUGCCAAAAUCGAAUACAUUCACGAUCAGGAGGAAGAUAAGGGAAACUACCAGAACUGGGAUUGUCAGAAUUAUAGUUACCUUCUACCGGCCACAUCCAUGAAUCUCAUUGCAACAGCUAUACUGGGAAGCAUCAAAAAAUUCGCAAAGGCACUAAGGAGAAAAGUUGCUGAAUCUGACCCAAGGCCAAGCUUGCACUGCCAAGCUCGGCCCUUUCGAGGCGUUCUGCGACGGGUGCACCACCGCGGGCCCCACUGGCCGCUGGUCCAUCAUCUCAUUGGGGACGAGCGCCGGCUGACUCACCAGCGCCGCAGCCUGCACAAACUCUCCAUCUCCACCGCCAACAUCUCCACCACCACCACCACCGGAAACCGAUAUGAGGGAAGCCCGUCUCGACCCAUUCCCCCCUUCCUGGUGCAGAUCCUCCUGAACCCACUUUCCGACCCCUUCCCUUUUCCCGACCACUGCCACGCCAGCUGCCAGCCACCACCAAUCCCCAUGCUCUGCCCGUCCUUGUCAACGCUCGUCGCUUGGCGCGAAAUCAGAGGAGUCCGGAGGUUGUCGUCGGAAUCCGAGCCUUCGCCGGAGCCGGAGUCGGAAUCCGUGCUGACAGCUGCCUCGUCAUCUUCGUCCUCUUCCCCUCUCGGCUGGAGGCUCUCCUCAUCCCACUCCUGCUCGUUUUUGGGCUCGGGAGCAGUGGUGCUGAACAUGCUGCCGAAAUUGGGGAACAGCGUGCUCCCGCCGCCGCCGCCGGCAUCCGGAAGCUUCUCGUGCACGCUCGUGAAGAGGGUCACGAGUGGGUCCAUUAAGGGCACGUUUGGGCCAGCCGUGCUCGCCUGGCGGGAGAGGAGACUGUUGUGGCGGCUGUGGCCGGAGACGGGCCUUGCGAUCCACGAGAGGCCCUCCUCAGGCCCGUAUAGCUUGAUGUGGUCUGUGUUGGGGGAUGGGUCGUGGUCCUUGUCAACGGCCUCGUGGGCUGGCCCGAUUAUGUACUCUUCUAUUGAUGUGUCACCCCCGACAGCUAGACCCUCCACUAGUAGGGCCAUCUCACCUGCACCAGAUAAAAAAAAUUGGAUCAUGCUUUGA